ACACAGAUCGCUAAAACCUGUCGAGCGCGCCGCACGAAGUGCUGCGGAUCACAGGCCAUAAUCACAAUCAAGUUUGACGUUUCGUAAAUAAGUGACAACUUUAGUUGCGAAUCUCAACUUACUCGUGUAAUUUCAGUUCCAAGUGUUGUGAAAAGACUUUAAUACAAGAUGAUGUCCUUAGUGUUGUUUGUUUCGGGAGCUCUUCUCCUUGCAACAGCAGAGGGUUGCGGCGCUGGAAAUAGAAUGAUAAAAUCUGGAGGGUUGACGGCGUACGAGAAGCAAGCGAUCGUCGACGCACACAACCGGCUGCGGCAAUCGGUCGCUCUUGGUCAAGUGUCGAGUCAGCCCCCAGCAGCUAACAUGAUGGAAAUGGUGUGGGAUGAAGAGCUAGCGGCGACUGCCCAACGUUGGGCUGACCAAUGCACCACUGAACACGACCGCGCCUCUCAACGCGAAGUAGGUCGCUUCGCUGUGGGUCAGAACCUCGCUGCCACCUGGACCACCCGCCCGCCAAGCGACCCCGUCGACUCCCAGCCCGACUUCGCUUCGCAAAUCAACGCGUGGUUCGACGAAGUCCACAUCUUCGGGUACAGACCCAUCAGCGGUGUGCACGGGACAGGACACUACUCUCAGCUGGUCUGGGGUGAAACUUCCCACGUCGGCUGCGGCUUCAGCUUCUACUAUGACCCCACAAGGGGCUACACUAAACUGUACAUCUGCAACUACGGCCCUGGCGGAAACGUUAUCGGUGUCAAGCCCUACGAGAAGGGAUAUCCUUCUUGCAGCAGCUACGGUCUCUCCAACUCCGUCAAAUACUCUGGUCUUUGCUCUGGCAGCUACACCGCUUCCUCGAGCUACCAAACUGUGGACAACUCCAACGGCUACAUCUCGAACGUCAUCCCCGACAGCACCGGAGACUCGCAUUACAACUACCAAUACAACAACCAGUACUACAACCAGUUCAGCAACCAAUACCAGUACCAGUACCAGCAACCAGACACCUAUUACAGACCCGAAACUACCACUUUCAGGCCUUUGGUCAGCAUAUUCAAAUCUGCAUCGAACCUUUUCGCGAAAUCAAAACCACAAGUUCGAUUUGGUACUUUUUAUGUGUAAGUAAUUCUGUAGUAAUUGUAAAUUAGCAGUAUUUUGUUACCUAUUGUGACGGUUGUGUUACUCGACUGAUUAUUCGGAACCGGCUAGUGCGGGGUUUCGGAACUUUGUAGAUAAUUUGUUAUUCCUUGGUUUUACAAGGAAAUUAAAUAAGAUUUUUCUACUGAACAAUAAAUUAAUGUUGUUGGACAAUGUGAAGGUUUCAGUAAUUUUAUGUUAAAAUUACAAUACUGUCGUGAAUGACCUUCUAGUAUUAGCAAAGAGAGUUGAGAGUUGUUACG